AUGUCUUCAGAAGUUUUAGUGCCCAGACAUAAUUUCGACAGCAGGUCAGUUGCCCAAGCAGGCGAUCCGUUCCCGCCUACAGACGCAGAGGCCACAUUCAAGGAGGGUUUCUAUCCCUCCUCCGGCUUGGCGACGGCGGGGUACCGUUCAGCCAAGUACAGCCCGGAGGAAUGGCACAUCAAUAACUUCUCUACCCUUCACCAGGCCGUUACUGACCGAAACAACGCCGAGAGGAUUUGCCAUGAUUCCAAAACACUGUAUAAGGAGACCGAGGCCGGGACUCUGCACACCCAAGCUGAGGGGACGCGGCACCUGGGCGAGAGACUGCAGCAUAUCCACUUCUGGAAGUCGGAGCUGCAGCGGCACAUCGAAAAGCUGGUGGCCGAGACAGACCUCCUCCUGCAGCAGAAGAGAAGGCUGUUGAAGUCGCUAGACGCCACCGAGAUCCCGUUCGCCAUUGCCACGGAUAACCUAACCUGUCGGGAACGGCGGCUGGGGCCCGACCUGGUUAAAGACCACGUAGAGGAGGAGCUGCUUAAGGAGGUGGAGUUGAUCAGCAGCAUCCAGGCUCUGUUGAAUAGAACGCUGAGUCAGGCUGUCAAUCAAAUCAAAUACAGAACUGUGAAACCCUGUCUGCAGAUGAAGAGCAAUGGUUCCCAGUCCUGUUCCUGGGGUCUCAAAGAUGCCUUGCAACUGGAGAUUUCUUCAAAACGAUUGCCUACAGUUACUGUUUAGGGCACUGCACAGUUGGAUGACCAGGGCCAUCUGGGACUGCCUCAUGGGGGAUUUCAGGCAUCUGUGAAGGCUACCUGUGUCCUGCAUAACUUCAUGAUGAUGAAUAGGAGGGGACCUGCAACUCUCCACCAUGUGCCAGAGGAGAGGUCUGCUGCUCUGCAGGAUGUUGCCAGGAUGGGGGCCAACAAUGCAGCACAGGAGGCAAUCUGUGUGCGGGAGACCUUCACAUCCUACUUCCUUGAAGAGGAUGCUGUUCCCUGGCAACACCAUAGACUACACUAUGCACAACCAAAGGCUCUUUUAAGAGCCAUUCACAUUGCAAUAAGUGUAUUCUUCCAUUUACUGAGCUAUGUCAACUGCAGUUAUUCAAUUCACAGUUUCUCUCCCUUUGAUCUACUUCGCAGGUGAGGGUGAUGUUUAGGUAGGAGUGGUGUCUGUACAAAAACAAAACAGGCUCUCACCCAUUUUGAAAACAUUUAGACACCCUAUAACCCACACCUACACACUUGUCUAUCGAUCUGAUUGAUGGAUUGUGUUGUGCAGUAAGCAGGCUCAGGUGUAUAACUGUGGCUCCUUCCACCUUCAAAUAAUAGACAAGAGGACAAACCAUGGAGAAUAGUAAGGCACUUCAUUAUUUAUAUAACUACGCUAAAUUGUUUGUACUUGAGUGUCUACAUAAAGUACUCUGCAGCCACUUAGUGUGGACACCAGGUGAGGCCACACACAGAUUCCUGUUGAACACCGUCUCUUUAACUGACUUAUUUUCUCAAUAACAGUCUCCUUCACUCUAUCCCUCUCUCCCCUUCUCCCGUAAUCCUCUAGGUCAGUGGUUCCCAAACUUUUUAGUCCCGUACCCCUUCAAACAUUCAACCACUGGCUGCGUACCCCCUCUAGCACCAGGGUCAGCACACUCUCAAAUGUUGUUUUUUGCCAUCAUUGUAAGCCUGCCACACACACACUACACGAUACAUUUAUUAAACAUAAGAAUGAGUGUGAGUUUGUCACAACCCGGCUCGUGGGAAUUGACAAAGGGCUCUUAUAGGACAAGGGCACAAAAUAAUAUAAUAAUAUUCAAUACAUUUGCUAUUUAUUUAACCAUUUUACAUAUAAAACCUUUUGUUCAUCGAAAAUAAAUGUGUUAUUGAAAUGUGAA